GCCCUGAAUCUCACUUCCACGAGGUAGGUUUUUGUAGAUGCCACACGAACAUUUUAAUGUUCUCUCUCUCUCCAACAUCGCAUAAGGAAUCCGGACGCUCUGCCUUUUGAAAGCUUCACCUUUGUUUUUUCUCUCUAUCGGAGGAACCACAGUGGCGAUUUGAUGAACGGUGCUUCUAGUAGCUUACGAACAGCUUUCUCCUAUUGUGUACAGCAAGUGCGAAAUUAUGAUUACCAUCACUAUCUCUGCCUCCUUGAACUUCCUCCUAACAUCCGGAAGGCUGCAUUCGCACUCCGUGCCUUCAAUGUUGAAACUGCCAGAGCUAUGGAUGUUGCUUCAGAUCCCAGGAUUGGUCUUAUGCGCCUUCUGUGGUGGCAAGAAGCUAUAGAUAAGAUCUACGCUAACAAAGUAAUUGAGCACCCAGCAGCCCAGGCUCUCUCAUCAGUGAUAUCUGAGAAUAGAAUUAGCAGGGGCUGGCUGAAACGGCCUGUUGAAGCUCGGAUUAACGAUGCUAGGAGAGAGGUUACUGACAUCCCAGAAACAAUAGAAGAGUUGGAAAAAUAUGCCGAGGACACUGUAUCAACCCUUUUGUAUAUGACUCUUCAAGCUGGUGGUAUCAGGUCCACUGCAGCUGAUCAUGCAGCAUCACAUGCUGGUAAGGCAAGUGGCCUUCUUUUGCUGCUUAGGUCACUUCCAUAUCAUGCUAGUCGCAACCGACACUUUUGUUACAUACCAACUGAAGUGGCAGCCAAACACGGGUUGCUGGUUAAGGAGGGAGGUCGAUUUGAAAUCCGCUUGGAUUCACGCGAGAGUUUAUGUAAUGCUGUAUUUGAUAUGGCAUCAGUAGCCAAUGUUCAUUUGCAGAAGGCUCGUUCAUUAGCUGGAACAGUCCCCACUGAGGCUCGUUCAAUGCUUCUGCCAGCUGUGUCUGCCCAAGUUUUCUUGGACACCCUGAGUCGGGUACAUUUUGAUGUGUUUGAUCCAAGGUUAGCACGUGGAGUUCUGGGUAUUUCUCCUUUAUCAUACCAGUUGAAACUAAAAUGGUCUUCGUGGAGGGGCAAAUACUGAAAAAAAUUCAUCGUUUUCAUUCUUUGAAUCAAAAUUUUGAACUGGGUGAACGAACUACAAGGGCAAUUGAGAGAGUUUUGUUACAUUUCUGGUUCCUUUACAAUAAGGAUAUCGUCUUCCAUAAUAAAUAUGCUAAUAAAUCGUGGAAUCUUUCUCCAAUGAUAGCAUGGCAUGCUAUUGAAACUGUGUGAAGUGGUACUUGAAGUUUCGUGAUCUACUUGGCAUGGUAUGCUGCGAUUUUCAGAUUGGGAGUAAUAUCUUGUUGACUAGAUGCACUAGAGACACUUGUGGCAUGACAUUCCGAAGAAGGUUAUUUUUUUUUUCCUCCGGCAACUUUUUAUCUAUUUCGUUACCAAAUGUUGUAAUUUGUGAUCCUAUAGACUGUAAUGUAUUGAUUUUAUGUUCCAGCGUUUAAUUACGUUAAUGGAAGGCCUUACUUCCUUAACGAGAUAAAUUGGGAUCAGGCUCUCCUACGAUGCAUGUUGAGGCUUGUAUGCUUUUCUAAUAAUUAACUCUUCUAUGGUAAUACAUGAUUGGUUCUCCA